GGUGUUUUUUUUUUUUUUUUUUUUUAUUCCGUACAAAUAUCAAUUUGGAGUAUUCAAGCUUUGAUAAUCUGUCUCUCCAUGUUAAAAAAUAAAAUAAAAUAAUGUUCUGUCUUUAAGGGACUUUGAACAACUCCUCCCCCACACAGCCCAUAAAUACCAGUACUCUAGAAGCUUUUGCUUCCUGGCCUUAGAAGACACAGUUACAAUACAUGAAAUACAUAAAUUUCUGUUAACCUGUUUACUGUAUCUAACCCAUUACAGUCCUCACCACAGCUUUAGGUACAAGGUUGUCAGAUUCUGCUUGCAGUUUUCUGGAUAUGUUUGGGAGAAAAUGAAUCUGACUGAGUAUUUUGCAAGAAUUGGCUACAAAGAGCCAAGUCACAAAGCAGAUCUGAAAACUCUGACUGAACUCCAUGAGCACCACAUCAGGUCGAUCCCAUUUGAAAACCUCAGCAUUCACUGUGGGGAGAAGAUCACCUUAGACCUGGAAACCAUCUACAACAAACUUGUGAGAAACAAACGAGGGGGGUGGUGCUGUGAAAACAACCUGCUAUUCUCCUGGGUGUUGAAAGAGAUGGGGUAUGACAUUACCCGGUUGGGGUCAAGGGUAUAUGACACCCUCAAGGACGAUUAUAGCCCUCAAGAGUCACAUCUCAUAUCCAAGGUGAUCAUUGAUGGGAAGCCAUACAUAGCUGACGUGAGUUUCGGUGUCUCUGGUCAAAUCUGGCAGCCCCUGGAACUCAUUUCAGGGAAGGACCAGCCUCAGCUUCCUGGCACCUUCCGUCUUGUUGAAGAUAAGGGUGUCUGGGUCUUGCAGAAGACUGGACGCAAGCCUCAUGUUCCAAAUGAAAGCUUCGCUGGUUCCUCUCUCGUUAACAAGAGUCUCUCUAAGAAAAUCUAUUGUUUUACCAUUGCGCCACGCAACAUGGAUCAUUUUGAGCAGACGUGUCAUUUUCUCCAGACGUCUCCAGAAUCCUUGUUUACCAAUAAGUCUAUCUGCUCUUUGCAGACCACCACUGGGUUUCGGGCUGUGAUUGGGUGGACUUACUAUGAGGUCACCUAUAACUACCAGGAAGGUGUUGAUUUGGUUGAUGUGUCUACAGUCACUGAUGAAGAAGUGGAGAAGGUACUCGAAGAGAAGUUUGGUGUGGUAUUAGAAAAUAAACUUGUACCUGUCAACAAUAAAGCCUGUUACAAUAUCUAGGCAUCUUUGCAAGGCAAAUUAUGAUCAGUAAUGUUAAUUUGACAGAUUGAUUAGUAUUAGAGCUGAAGAACACAACACACAUAUCUUCUAUCAAUGGAAGAGAUGCCUUCUGCUUUGAAAUAAAGUGUUUUUGCACAAGCUGAUCGUUUUUUCAGUAAGUUUUGAGCAACUAAUAGAUCAUUGUUUUUGAAAAGGAUCUUCUGGCAGGUUAACUGUUGAUCAGACUAGUUCCUAAAACAGUUGUGCCCCCUCAUUUCAUGACUGAGACUGAGUUUAAGUGACAAAAGUGUGUGUGUACAUGCAAGAGGCUCCCUUGAGAAAGAUAUGUACAACAUAUCGAAA